ACACUCCGUGAGAGAACAGAGCAAGCUGUAGCUUAAUCUACAUUUCCACGAGACUUACGCUAGAGUAAAAUGGAGAACAAAAAUGCUACCACCCUUACUGAACAGAAACCGGAAGAAUCUAAAUGCAAUGAGGAUUCACUUCUCCCCAUCGUUGAGAAGGGACUUUUCUUCCAUGAUUCCUUCUUCGAGGAUAUUCGGAAGCACUUUGAGACAGCCAUCGACCAAAUCCUGGAUACGUGGGGAGAAGGCAAAUCCGUUAGUGAUCUGAUGAGUAGCUACAGACGUGUAAGAGAGCGCAAUUUGCAGCAAGAGAACCAAGUCAUGGCCUUCAGCGAAGACGACCAGAAUCACAAGGUUGUACUGGAUGUUCAUGACUUCAAGAGUGGAGAUGUUAAGGUUAGAGUGGAAGACAAGCAGGUGGUGGUGGAAGGUCGAGUGGAAAAGGAAGAAGAUGACUUCAAGUCCAUGAAAAGCUUCUAUCGACGUUUCAGCUUCCCAGGCAAAGUGAACAUAGAGGCCGUGACUUCCGCAAUGUCUUCCGAUGGCGUCUUGACUGUCACGGCUCCGAAGAUUCCACAGGAUACAUGUACAUUUAAAAGCAUUACAGAGCUUCAAGAAGUUUCAUACGAAGUUUUUGCCAAGUAUUCCCUGACGCGUCCAGAUGGAGGUGGAAAGUGGGCGCACACCCAACUCGCGCCACAUAAAAGCAUCAGCAGCCGCCUCUUGCUAGACACAAUAUAA